AAAGUAAAGGCGUAGCACCAGUGUGAGUAUGGAUCAGCCAGUAAAAGAGGAGGACAAAAUAGAAAAGGACAUUUCCAGAGACAGAGAAGGCUCAGAGGUGGGAGAAGAAGAAAAUGAGACUAGAAAUGGUUUCCAAGAGGAGGAAGAAGUAGUGGACAAACAAGAAGAGAAAGAGAGCAAGGGCAAGAAAGGGAAGCAUGGAGGAGGGCGUAUAAAACGACCAAUGAACGCCUUCAUGGUAUGGUCUUCGCUGGAAAGGAAGAAGCUGGCUGAGAAAGAGCCAAACCUUCAUAACACUGAGCUAAGCAAGAGACUGGGACAAAUGUGGAAAGAGAUGACUGAGGAAGACAAGACUCCAUACAGACAAGAGGCAACUAGACUUAAAGACAAACUCAUGGAAGACCACCCAGAAUACAAAUACAAGCCAAGACGACGUAAAGACCUCAGACAUAUUCAGACCAGCACUGGUAACAUAGGGCUCUUCAGCUCUCAUGUGAUUGCUGAUCGAUCGUACAGUGCCCCACCAGUUCCCCCUAUUCUUCCAUCCUCAAACAGCUUGUAUCAUUAUAACCAAGACAUGAUUGAUGGAGUAGGAAGUGGCCAGACUCAUUAUCCUUAUUACCAUUCAACCCCAACCUCCCCCCAUCAUAUAAACAGUAUCAUGCCACAUAACAUGUUUCCUCCACACUACUACCAUCCCCAUCUUGGUGGCAGCCCCCCUGCUGCGUUCCAAAUAGGAGGGAGUAGCAACCAGCUAGCAUUGCAACAGCAUACUGGCCAUUUACCUCAUUUAGCUCAAGGAGGACCUCCUGCUGCUGAUCUCAGGUUGGAAUGUACCAUGACAAGUGUUGGCUGUGAUAGCACAAUUCCAACGGGUCUUGUCACAUCAACAUAUUUCCAGUUUCCUAGCCCACUGGUGGUCUCCUCCUCCCCCUCCUCUCCCACUUCUCCUGUUUAUGCAUCAGAGACUCCUCCUUGCUCUCCUUACAUGCCAUCAAGUACUACCAGUAUACAGUCAUACUCGAUAUCAGAGACUAGCAACACCACACAGGUUUGUGUCCAUGCACUAUUAUGA